UCAUGUUAAUGCCCUUAUGGUUGUACAGCACUACAUAAGGUUGGUGCUAUAUAAGCAAUUCAUAAUUGAUAAUAAAUAAUGAUGAUAAUAGUGAUGGUGAUUAUUAUUAUUAUUAUUUAUCAAUGUCCAUGCCCUUAUGGUUGUACAGCACUACAUAUGGUUGGUGCUAUAUAAGCAAUUCAUAAUUGAUAAUAAAUAAUGAUGAUAAUAGUGAUGGUGAUUAUUAUUAUUAUUAUUUAUCAAUGUCCAUGCCCUUAUGGUUGUACAGCACUACAUAUGGUUGGAGCUAUAUAAGCAAUACGUAAUUGAUAUUAAAUUAUGAUAAUAAUGAUAAUAAUGAUAGUGAUGGUGAUUAUUAUUAUUAUUUAUCAAUAAUAAUUGUACAUAUGGUACUCAUUUCUUGUAUCAUCCCACCCUGAAGACCAAAGUCUACAGCAGUGUUCUCCAAACUGGGUCCCUCCAGCUGUUGCAAAACUACAACUCCCAGCAUGCCCGGACAGCCAACGGCUGUCCGGGCAUGCUAGAAGUUGUAGUUCUGCAACAGCUGGUGGGCCACAGUUUGGAGACCACUGGCCUACAGCAUGACCUCAUAAAACUUUAUGAUCCUAAGUGUUCUGUGCCCUAAAAUCAAUAGUAAAUAGGAAGUGAAGUGUGAAGUUGCAAUUAUAAGCCAUUAUUAUGUACUUAGUAUUAUUCCCCCAGGACUUUAUUGCCCCUUAGCCUUAACCCUUGACCUGUCCAGCUGACUCCUCCUUUCUACUCCAGAUGAUGCUGUCAUUUACAGGCUCAGGGUUUUAUUCAGAAUCUAUUGUUUCUACAUGAACUGCAAUAACCCACCCUAUUGACGGGAGAUCUCCAAAACUUUAGGAUGUAUUGGAAGGCAAAACUCUAGGAUGCCAGCAAGCGAGGGGUUAAAGGAUUAGCAGGGAGAAACGCGGAGACACUUUCAUUGCGGUGUAAACAGAACUUGCUGUAGUACUAUGCUAAUCUCCAAUAAUGGGAGCAUUUUGUGAGCUGUUAGAUUAAUGGAUGCUCAGCAUGCAUACAAUGGGGAGGAAUGCACAAUAAUAAAAGCUGGAGUUGUGAGUCGGGGAAGAGAUAGGAAGAAGUGUUCGGAUUAAUAACUGGACAAAAAAAGAAAUAAAAUAUAUAAAUAUAUCUAUCGCCGUAGCUGCUGAGCUGUUUUAAAGGCAGAGAUCUGAUGCACAAUCUUCCAAAGGGAUUCCUCCCCGAACCGAAAUUAAUAAUUUAUUCAUGGUCUCAAGUCACUUAGCCUGCAUUGAUCUAGCAAGGCUGCAUUUUUCCUCUGGUUCAUAAGCGUUUAAAAGCUGUAUUUCUCCGGCAGCUGCAGCAGCUGUGAUAUGAUACAGGCAUGCUUCUAUGCACGGGGACUGGCGACAUAGGACUUCAUUGAGCCGAGACUGUCCGUGAUCGAGGAAAACUGACUGCGAUACCAACAUGACAUGUCAACAAGGGUCCUGCUCUCGUCGUUCUCUGUCAGCGAGCCGCUGUUUAGGUGGCUGUACAGUAGCCGUUUGCACAACAAAAGCUGCUAUGCAGUACGGCACUGAAUGAAUUGGGAAAACUCUCCGGUGGGUGUUCAUUGUCCCUCGUGUCAGCUCUCCCCCCCACCACCACCCCUCUUCUUCAACUCCUCACUUGCUGUCAACACAACACCCCCAGCAACUGUUCCUCAUCGACCGUCCCUCCGAGAAGACUCUCUUGCCAUAUAACUGCUCCCUCAUCAACUCUUUGCCUCUUGUUCCUCAUACUCUUGUUUUUCGAUAUAUUUUCCGCUUGGUCCAUCUUGCACAAGUUCCCCUUCUUUUUUUUUUCUAUUUGUCAGCACUUUUCCAUUAAUGUCCGUUCCUGCUCCAGUGAACCAGCACUAGACUUGAUAUGGGAUGAAGGCUGGAGGUUACCAGGAGAAGAAAAAAAAAGAAAGAAAGGAGACCUGAAGGCAGCUUCCCAUUUGUAAAGUGAGCAGUAAUUGUGAGAGGACAGGCUGCACAGUUGGAAUCAAUAGUCUGCUUUCUUGCAGCUAAGAGCUCUCUAGUCUCUCAGUAGGUCAGGGAAGUAACUCCAGUGCACUGCUUACUGCAGAGUUGUAGAGAAGUAAAGGCACGAGGCUGCAGUACUGGUACAUCACGCUUCCUGUUACCAAGGACACAACUUUUCAAGUCAUUGCAGGUUUCUCCUCAUACUCUUACACCACAAUCCCGAGGACUGUUAUAGGAUGAAUGAUGAAUGAUCAACUCCAAUUCCUUUAAGUCUGCUCUAGGAAAAGGGGCAAACCGGAUCAUCAGCCUGAGUUUUCAUCUUACUGUACAAGCCUUUUUGCAGACUCAAGACAAGGAACCAUGCAAGGGAUUUGCACUAUUCCCCUAGCGUUUGGGAUCUUUUUCUUUUUCUUCUGGAUAGCCUUGAACACGACGCUAAAACCAGCGAUCGGAUCGGAGCAGCAGAUCCCCUUAUCUAUGGUAAAGCUCUGGGCCUCUGCUUUCGGUGGGGAGAUCAAAUCCAUAGCAGCAAAGUACUCAGGUUCCCAGCUCCUGCAGAAGAAAUAUAAAGAAUUUGAGAAGGAAGUUUCCAUAGAAGAGAUAGAUGGACUUCAACUUGUCAAAAAACUUGCAAAAGACAUGGAGGAGAUGUUCCACAAGAAGGCAGAGGCAGUUCGGAGGUUGGUCGAAGCAGCUGAGGAGGCGCAUUUGAAGCAUGAAUUUGAUGCUGAUCUACAGUAUGAAUAUUUCAAUGCAGUCCUGAUAAAUGAGCGGGAUGAGGAAGGAAAUUUUGUUGACCUUGGAAAAGAGUUUUUGCUUCUACCCAAUGACCAUUUUAAUAACUUACCUGUUAAUAUCACAUUGAGUGAUGUCCAAGUGCCAACCAAUGUUUACAACAAGGAUCCUGAAAUAGUGAAUGGAAUCUAUUGGUCAGAGUCUUUAAAUAAGGUGUUUGUUGAUAACUUUGACCGUGACCCUUCCCUAAUAUGGCAAUAUUUUGGAAGUGCAAAAGGAUUUUUUCGCCAAUAUCCAGGUAUUAAAUGGGAACCAGAUGAGAAUGGUGUGAUUGCAUUUGACUGCCGAAACCGUAAAUGGUACAUCCAGGCAGCUACCUCCCCAAAAGAUGUAGUGAUUUUGGUUGACGUAAGUGGGAGCAUGAAAGGCCUCCGUCUGACAAUUGCAAAGCAAACUGUAUCCUCUAUUUUGGACACCCUUGGAGAUGAUGACUUCUUCAACAUAAUUGCAUAUAAUGAAGAAAUUCAAUAUGUAGAACCCUGUCUGAAUGGGACUUUAGUGCAAGCAGACAGAAACAACAAAGAGCAUUUCAGGGAACACUUAGAUAAACUUUCAGCCAAAGGGAUCGGAAUGCUGGAUAUAGCACUCAACGAAGCCUUUGAUCUGCUGAAUGAGUUCAAUCACACAGGAGAAGGAAGCAUCUGUAGUCAAGCCAUAAUGUUAAUCGCUGAUGGAGCUGUUGACACGUAUGAUACAAUUUUCGCUAAGUACAACUGGCCAGAUAGAAAGGUUCGCAUAUUCACAUAUCUGAUAGGAAGAGAAGCUGCUUUUGCAGACAACAUGAAAUGGAUGGCCUGUGCCAAUAAGGGCUUUUUCACCCAAAUAUCUACACUAGCCGAUGUACAAGAGAAUGUAAUGGCGUAUCUACAUGUCCUGAGCAGACCAAAAGUUAUUGAUCAGGAGCACGAUGUUGUGUGGACAGAGGCAUAUGUAGAUAGUACGCUCCCUCAGGCUCAAAAGCUUGCCGAUGACCAGGGAUUGGUUCUGAUGACAACUGUUGCAAUGCCAGUAUUCAGUAAACAGAAUGAAACCAGAUCAAGGGGUGUUCUCCUAGGUGUGGUUGGCACAGAUGUUCCAGUAAAAGAACUUUUAAAGGCCAUUCCAAAAUAUAAGCUGGGGAUUCAUGGAUAUGCGUUUGCUAUUACAAACAAUGGAUACAUCCUUACUCAUCCAGAACUGAGGCCUCUAUAUGAAGAAGGAAAAAAACGCAGGAAACCAAAUUACAGCAGUGUUGACUUAUCGGAAGUAGAAUGGGAAGACCGAGAUGAUGUGCUGAGAAACGCGAUGGUAAAUAGAAAAACAGGAAAAUUUUCCAUGGAAGUAAAGAAGACCGUGGACAAAGGGAAACGAGUUUUGGUGAUGACUAAUGACUACUACUACACAGACAUCAAGGGCACCCCAUUCAGCUUAGGAGUUGUGCUUUCAAGAGGACAUGGCAAAUAUUUCUUCAGAGGAAAUGUCACUGUAGAAGAAGGUUUACAUGACUUAGAACAUCCUGAUGUCUCCUUAGCCGAUGAGUGGACCUACUGCAAUACUGACCUGCACCCAGAACAUCGCCACCUCACUCAGUUAAAAGCUAUAAAAAAAUACCUCACAGGAAAAGAGCCAUUACUGGAAUGUGACAAGGAGCUUAUACAAGAGGUUCUGUUUGAUGCUGUGGUCAGUGCCCCGCUGGAAGCUUACUGGACCAGCCUGGCACUAAACAAAUCAGAAAAUUCUGAUAAAGAUGUUGAAAUUGCUUUUCUGGGAACACGCACUGGACUUACCCGUGUGAAUCUCUUUGUGGGGCCAGAGCAGCUCACUUACAAAGAUUUUCUUACAUCCGAGGACAGAGAGAGCAUAUACAAUGCUGACCACUUUCCCUUGUGGUAUCGCCGAGCUGCGGAACAGAUUCCUGGAAGUUUUGUGUAUUCCAUCCCUUUUAGUACAGGUUCCCUGAACAGAAGUACAGUUGUUACGGCUAGUACAGCCAUUCAGCUUCUAGAUGACCGAAAAUCACCAGUGGUGGCAGCUGUCGGUAUUCAAAUGAAGCUCGAAUUUUUCCAAAGAAAGUUCUCAAUUGCCAGCAGACAGUGUGCAUCUCUGGAUGGGAAGUGUUCAAGGACAUGUGAUGAUGAUGUUUUAAACUGUUAUCUCAUUGACAACAAUGGCUUCAUCUUGGUCUCUGAAGAUUACAGACAGACUGGGAGUUUCUUUGGAGAAAUUGAAGGUGCUGUGAUGAACAAGUUGUUAACAAUGGGUUCAUUUAAAAGGAUAACCCUAUAUGACUACCAAGCUAUGUGCAGAACUACUAAGGAGAGCAGUGACAGUGCCCACAGUCUGCUUGAUCCCUAUCAUGCCUUGUUUGCUGCUGUAAAAUGGAUAAUGACAGAGCUUAUCCUAUUUCUUGUGGAGUUUAAUCUAUGCAGUUGGUGGAACUCAGGCCAUUCUGUGAAAGCUCAAAGGCUAAAGCAGACCCUGGAGCCCUGUGACACAGAGUAUCCAGCUUUCGUAUCUGAGCGUACCAUAAAGGAGACAACAGGCACCAUUAACUGUGAUGAUUGCACCAAGUCAUUUGUAAUUCAGCAAAUCCCCAGCAGCAAUCUCUUCAUGGUUGUGGUGGACAAUGUCUGCAGCUGUAGCAAUGUGGCUCCGAUCACUAUGGCACCUAUUGAAAUAAGAUACAACGAAUCCCUUAAAUGUGAACGCUUAAAAUCUCAGAAGAUACGAAGGCGACCAGAAUCCUGCCAUGGAUUUCAUCCAGAAGAGAAUGCCAGAGAAUGUGGUGGAGCUUAUGGCAUCUCUUCCCAGCCCAUAACAAUGCUGCUAUCUGUUCUAAUGGUCUAUAUCUCCAGGUGACAUUGACUGCUUUGACUCCAUGGCAUGCUACACACACUGGAUAAACUGUGAACUGAGAAGAUUGGUGCAAUAUAGAAGAGACGAAAUGUAGUCUAAACAUCAGCAUUUCAUGACUUUACACUGUUGGAGAGAUGUAAGAACUCUCCGACAUCAAAACAAGAUUAUUCUUCAGCGUCCGCACAUCAUGCCGCUGUGAAAGCCUCAUUAAAUUAUCACACCCCAUCUCAACCGGACAGCAGACACUGGAGACUCUCAUUUUCAGCUUUGCCCCAUCAAAAUAAUUUAAAAUGGUGUACUUUUUAAAUAAAGUAUAUUAAAAUCAUUA